AUUACGACAUUUCCCACAGUGCUUGAACGUAGCACCAAGCCCUCGGUGGGAGCAGAGGCAGAAAAGCGGCAGGGAGCUGCCAGCAUCGUCUCGUCUCAUACCGUCGCAGGAUAGAAAGCUCCUUGUCAGCGGGGAUAUGGAGACGCCGGGGAGGAUAGCAGCCACACCGGACGCCCUGGACUUCACGGUGGAAAACGUAGAGAAGGCCCUCCACCAGUUGUACUAUGAUCCCAACAUAGAAAACAAGAAUCUGGCCCAGAAAUGGCUAAUGCAGGCUCAGGUCUCGCCUCAGGCCUGGCAGUUCUGCUGGGCCCUACUGAGCCCAGAUAAGGUGCCAGAGAUCCAGUACUUUGGCGCAAGCGCUCUUCACACAAAGAUCUCUCGCUACUGGUCAGACAUCCCCUCAGACCAGUACGAGUCUCUGAAGACCCAGCUGUUCUCCCAGAUUGCCUGCUUCUCCUCCGGCUCCAAGAUGGUGCUCACUCGGUUAUGCGUGGCUCUGGCCUCUCUGGCGCUCAACACAAUGCCUGAGGCCUGGCCCGGCGCAGUGGCAGAGAUGGUGCGGGUGUUCCAGGAGGAAGGGGGAGGGGUGGAUGGGCGGGCUCGCUGCCUGGCAUUGCUGGAGCUGCUCACCGUCCUGCCUGAGGAGUUCCAGACCAGCCGCCUGCCGCAGUACCGAAAGGGACAGGUCCGGGGUGCCUUGGGCCGGGAGUGGGGGUCAGUGUGUCCCUUACUGCAGCAACUGCUGCGAAGGACAGACAGCCCUGGGGCGGUGAAAGCUCGCGUGCUGCGCUGCUUGUCAUCUUGGGUGCUGCUAGAUGUGCCCCUCAGCGAGAGCGAAGGCCUGGUGCACGACUGCUUCAGUGCCCUGCCUGAUCCAGAGCUCUUCGACACAGCGGUGGAGGCAAUAGUCAAUGCCAUCUCGCAGCCGGACUCCCAAAGAUAUGUGAAUACUUUGCUAAAACUGGUUCCUCAAGUGCUGGCCCUUCAGGAGCAGCUCAGAGAGGCUGUUCAGAAUGGAGACAUGGAGACCUGCCAUGGGAUCUGCCGUAUCGUCGUUACACUGGGAGAAAACCACUCCAGGACUCUGCUGGAGCAGGUGGACCACUGGCAGAGCUUCCUGGCUUUGGUCAACAUGAUCAUGUUUUGUACAGGCAUCCCCGGCCACUACCCGGUCAAUGAGACCACCAGCUCGCUCACACUCACCUUCUGGUAUACAUUACAAGAUGAAAUAAUGUCAUUCGAGUCGGAUAAGCAGACGGUGUAUCUGCAGGUCUACAGGCCGGUGUAUUUCCAGCUGGUGGAUGUUCUGCUACACAAAGCCCAGUUCCCCUCCGACCAGGAGUAUGCAUCCUGGUCCUCAGAUGAGAAAGAGCAAUUUAGGAUCUAUAGGGUGGAUAUCUCAGACACACUCAUGUACGUGUAUGAGAUGCUGGGAGCAGAGCUGCUGAGUAACCUGUAUGAUAAACUAGGGAGACUGUUGACUAAUGCAGAGCAGCCCACAUCAUGGCAGCACACAGAAGCAUUACUAUACGGCUUCCAGUCCAUCGCAGAAACGAUAGAUGUGAAUUACUCUGACGUCAUCCCAGGCCUGAUAGGACUCAUCCCCAGAAUCAGCAUCAACAACGUCCAGCUAGCAGACACAGUGAUGUUCACUAUAGGUGCGUUGGCUGAAUGGUUGGCAGACCACCCAGUGAUGCUCAGCAGUGUCUUGCCCUUGGUGCUACAGGCUUUGGGGAACCCAGACCUUUCUGUUUCUUCUGUCUCUACACUGAAGAAAAUUUGUAGGGAGUGCAAAUAUGACCUGCCACCCUACGCAACCAACAUAGUAGCUGUCUCUCAGGAGGUGCUUAUAAAGCAGAUCCACAAGACAAGUCAGUGUAUGUGGCUGAUGCAGGCUCUCGGCUUCCUGCUCUCCGCCCUCCCUGUGGAAGACAUCUUAAGAAACCUUCACUCUCUCAUCACCCCCUACAUUCAGCAACUGGAGAAGCUGGCGGACGAGACGCCUAAUCCCUCCAAUAAAUUGGCAAUCAUCCACAUCUUGGGGCUGCUGUCCAACCUCUUCACUACACUCGACAUCAGCAAGCAGGACGAUGAGUCAGCGGACGGCUCAGCACCACCUGUCAAAACAGCCCCACCUCCUCCCGGCCCAAACCCAGUGGUGGUGGUUUUGCAACAAGUAUUUGCUCUCAUACAGACUGUACUCAGCAAGUGGCUCAACGACUCACAGGUUGUAGAGGCGGUGUGCGCUAUCUUUGAGAAGUCAGUGAAGACUCUGCUCCAUGACUUUGCUCCCAUGGUGUCUCAGCUAAGCGAGAUGCUUGGGCAGAUGUACAGUACGAUUCCCCAGGCCUCAGCCCUUGACCUCACACGACAGAUGGUGCAUAUCUUUGCCAGCGAGACAGACCACUUCCCACCCAUCAAGGCUCUGUUCGAGCUGGUUACCUCGGUAACACUGUCCAUCUUUCAGCAAGGACCCAGGGAUCAUCCUGAUAUUGUUGAUUCAUUUAUGCAACUCCAAGCUCAGGCCCUCAAACGGAAGCCCGAUUUGUUCUUGUCUGAGAGUCUUGACGUGAAAGCAGUGUUCCAUUGUGGAGUUCUGUCACUCAAAUUUCCCGAGGCUCCGACAGUCAAGUCAACGUGCUUGUUCUUUACUGAACUUUUACCCCACUGCUCAGAUGUGCCUCCAUUAGCCAGAGUGGUGCAGGAAGACGGCAAGCUGUUGAUCCAGGCCGUGCUGGAGGGCAUCGGGGGCGGGGCAUCUCGGAGUCUGAUGGACCAGUUUGCAGAGGUGCUUUUCUCUCUUAACAAGCACUGCUUUUCUCUGCUGGCUGUUUGGUUGAAGGAGGCACUGCAGCCUCCUGGGUUCCCGUCAUCGCGGGUCACAAUUGAACAGAAAGACAACUUCUCCCAGCAGAUACUCAGAGAACGAGUGAACAAGAGGAGGGUGAAGGACAUAGUGAAGGAGUUCACACUACUGUGCAGAGGGCUGCACGGUACAGAGUACGCCGCUGAAUACUGAAACUCUAUCCUUGAACUCUCACCUAACCGUGACCUCUGCCCUCAGCGCAAAACAGCUGGAUGCCACAACAAUACACUUCUCACAAACCCCAUCAGUGAAGAAAUCAUGAAAUGAUUGUAAUGAUAACCCGCCCCGCCACAGGACAAGACAUGGAACUCUUCCAGCAUAGACCUGCCAUCGGAUUAAUGGACAAACAUUAAAUCCCCGGUGGUUUCAGGGAGGCCGUCCUCUCUGCUCCAAUAUUGUUUUUCUGUUUGUUUGUUUCUCUAUCUCUCUCCCCUUAUUUAAAGGACUUUUCUUUGGAAGAGCUUCGAGCAGCACUCCCGGCAUGCUGCCUCACGCCGCCUCCUAUCUCUGUCUUGUUCUGCCUUUCUAGAUCCUCCCGUGGUUCCUAGGUUGUUUCCUGGUGAUUAGCAUCCAUAUGAAAUGGUAGUGGUAUCGUACGUAGCUACUUGACAUUAUUUUUCAGAAUAAAUCAAAUUAAUUAUAUAAAUGUAUAUGUAUACACAUAUAGAAAGAUGGUGGUUGUCAGUCCUGCUGCUGCUAACGGGAAGAGAGAAGGACCAAUGUCGGGGGGGGGUUCUGCAGGAGAAAUUACAUAAAUACAAUAAUAUUUGUAACAUACCCCAGUGCUCUCUGCAUUUGCCAAAUUAUCAAGACAUGUUUUGUGAAUUUGUCCCUUCUUUUUGUUAUAUAUGCCUUUUUUGUGGGUGUGAGUGGAUAAGGAAAGCUGAAAAACACACAACUGGACUAAAAAACUGUCUCUUACCAAGCCCUCUGUGUACAGGGCUGUACCUCAUGUACAUACGGUCCCACUGCAGUCUCCUUGGGUUGCAGAGAGUGGUUUUAAAUGAAUUGGUCCCUUAGGUAAAGCAGGACUGUCUAGAGAAUUGGCUGAAGGGGGGGGGGAGGAAUUAUAGUAGCUGGCAGUGAGAAGGAGGCACAAGAUGAAACUGAGAAGGGAAUUGAUUGUUUGGAGGGAUUAAUAAUCCCGAUGAUGGACUGCUUAGUCACUGUAAUCGUGCAAAAAUAUUAAUCAAGUUGUGCAUAUUAACAGUUAUUGCUGAACACUUCUGUGUAUUUGAGUGUGCGCGCGUGUUCAUAUCAGUAUGUAUGAGAGGGGUGUGUGCGUGCGUGUGCGUGUGUGUGUGCGUGCGCGCAGAUGUAUCUUUUUCCACUCGUUCAGUGCACUUAUAUUGGACCUACAGUACACAUCCAUAUCUUCCUCCUAUCGUUUAAACAAAGAGCCCAUUCAUUUCUUCAUGCCGCACUCAUUGAGACUACUCUUUUCUUAAAGACUGACCAGGCACGUCCAGUAUUUCACCUCUGCUGCUCACCGGCAAUCACACACAUCUGUUAGACAUCCUUAUCAUCUGGAAUGACCAGCCAGUGAUAACCACCAGACUCAUCUAUCUACCCGUUAUUGACACCAACUACUGCUCCUAACAAAAUGCUUGUGAACAAGCUACCCAAACCCAUUUUCAUCCAUCUGGGUCACUGCCUUGGAGAGGAACAAGAAGGAUUAGAGAGUUCAGUAACAAAAUGCAAGACCUCUGAGAAAGUUAUUCAGCAAGAAUGAACGCCAACAUUCUGUGCUCAUCCAUUACGCCAGAGACAUUAUUGGUGAAGUGAUGUGAUGGCUGUAAAAUACACUGUCUAGUGAAUCUGCAGGACCACUUGACAUCUAACAACACUCAGCAUUGAAAUGUACUUUGUGGUCUCUGAUAAACUUUAUCUCAGUCUAAUCCUUCUGUCUUAUCCGAGGUGCCUGCAGACAUGUAGCAUGUAUGUGUUUUUUGGGGGGGGGGGGGGUCAUGUUCAGGGUUCAACAAACAUAUUCAGUGUGUGAGACACUGCAGAAAGACGUGUUUUUAGACUGAGACCCGAUGCAGGAAUCUGCUCUGGAGUGAACUGUCCUGCCUCGGGCCUGAUUUGAAUGGUGAAUGAUUGGAUGUCCAACACUGAUCCUCGCUCUGUGUAGUGGUCUCAUUUUGAAGUGGGAAAAUUGAAACAAUGUUUGUCACAGUUUAUAGAAAGAGUAGUAGGUGGAUGAGGAGAGGGAGGUAUGAAAUGUACAUUGUUUUUUUUGUACCUUGGCUUUAAUUUAUUAAAUAUAUCUAAGACUGCA